GAUCUUUAAUGCUUAACUCUAACAACUCACUUUUCUCCAAGUAUGGGUCCAUGACUAGCCACAAAUCCACAACUCGAGUGAACUUAUAAUAAAUUGCGACCUUUCCAGUUUGAGUAUCGAUAAAUCCACCCGCCAUAUAAUACACAGAAGAAGCUUGCCUGAGCGCACAUUCCUUCGCCCACCAUGAUCGAAGACGAUUUCUACCGCUCCUCAUCGCAGUUCCGACUUUGGUCCUACACCGAGACAUCCUUACAAUCCCUACGCGCAACGACAAACGCAAACGCCAGUGAGCGCGUACGGUCUGCGCUCCGGAAAUCGCGAGGAGCGCAACGAUCAGCCACCUCAUCCGCAGCCGGGACACCAGCAGCAAACCAGAAUGGAAGCGACGCAGACAGCAAAGCCGGCGGCGAUGAUACAGAGAUCGAGUGCCUAACACCCGAAGAAGAGCACCAGCUGGUGCGAUACUUCUGCGAACAGAUCAUAGAGUUGGGAGAGAUGUACAAACCCCCACUCCCAACAAUAGUCCGGGCCACAGCAAUCCAAUACCUCCGACGCUUCUACCUAACCAACUCCCCAAUGACCUACCACCCGAAAUCCAUCAUGCUCUGCGCGCUCUUCCUGGCCACAAAAACAGACAACUACUACCUCUCCCUCCGACAAUUCGCAGAAGUAAUCCCCGGCGGCACAACACCGGAAGACAUAGUCCAGCCCGAAUUCCUGGUCAUGCAAAGCCUCCGCUUCACCUUCGACGUCCGCCACCCCUUCCGCGGCCUCGAAGGCGGCAUCAUGGAACUCCAAGCCAUAUCGCAAGGCAUGGGCCAACCGGCCCCCCACUUCCCAACCCAGACCCCAGACGACCUCAAACGCAGACUCCAUUCCCUGCCCCCAUCGCCAACAACACCCUCAUCCUCCACCACAGACCGACUCGCCCGCGCGCACCACAACACCCGCGAGACCCUCAAAUCCGCCGCCCAAAUGACAGACGCUUACUUCCUCUACACGCCGUCCCAGAUCUGGCUCGCUGCGCUCAUGAUCGCGGACAAGCCGCUGGCGGAAUUCUACCUCGAGACUAAGCUGGGCGGCCCCCAACAACAGCAACAAGGAUCCCCACUCUACGAGCUCCGGACAAAGCUCCUCCGUACCUUGACCAAUUGCUCUAACCUCCUCCAGGCGUAUAAGCCCCUCGCCUCAGAUCCGGACCAGAAGAAAAACCUACGACGCAUCCGGAAGAAACUCUCCCACUGCCAGAACCCGGAGAAGGCUGGCGUGGCGGGCCAGAAGCGUAUACCUGCGGCGGCGGCUGCAGCAGUAGCAGCGGCUGGGGAUCCGGCGACCUCUGAGAGCGAAAUGGAGCGUCUGGCAAAGAAGCGGAAAUUGGACGGGGAACGGCCAAAGGAUAUAUUUGGAGGGGAAUUAGUGACGCAACGGACGAAGGAGAUAUAACAGCUUCAGUAGCAGGUUACGCCACAGCGGUAGAUUACAGGAAGAUAAGUCGUGGUCUUUUGGGGCUCUUGUAUAAUUAGAAUAUUCUUUAGCUAAACUGCUACUCCAUGGUAUCAUGCUAUCGUUGUUAAGCAAAGCCCUACCAUGAGUGCAGGCCAAAGGGUCCAAGGACCAUCAAAAGAGUCCUACAUGAUGUCUAUAACAAACGGGGAAACCAUAGAAGCGUAGAAAAAGAUAAGAAUAUAAAAUUGAGCCCUGAAACGUGAGGGG